AUGAAGUGUGACCAUCUACAUAUGUACUGUCGAAUAAUCAAGUGAAAUUCAUACGUUUCCUGUUAUUUGACAGUAAUAUUAUGAUCAUUAAAAUAUGCCUGUCUGUAACAACUUUAAUUUUCUUUUUGGAUGACUCCAGGAUUUCCUGUGCGGGUAUCGGUCAUGUAUUUGAUAUUACCAAUAAAUUGCUGGGUAAGUCUUUGAAACGGUUUCUGCCCUUUGAUAUGUCAUCUAGCUAUGGUCUUAUGAAGGAUCUAACAUACAUAAAGACAAAGGUAGGAAAACUCCAAAACUCGUCAGGAAAUAUCCAAAAUGCCAUUUUGGCAGAAACUGAAUCCUUAUUGAAGGAAACUGUUCUACCUUUCCCUGCUGUCACAGAUGAGGAUAUUCAUUUCUACCACCCUCAGUCAGAAAAUGGAGAAUUUACUCUGGAAGAACUUUCGGAAACACAAGGAAAGCUGUUUUUCAUAGUACAUGGUUGGAACGAGGAUAUAAGCGAUGCAGAGUGGUGUCGAAAAUUGGCGAUGAGUUUGACCAAUGUUUUCAAGAAAUCUGAGGUUGUUCUGGUGGACUGGGGUUCUAGUUCAAACAAAUAUCUUUAUCCUUUGGCUGCUCUGAGAACGAAAACAAUUGGUAAAUUAAUAGCUAACAGAAUCACAGAACUAGUUGAAAAACACUGUUUCCCCCUUGAAGACAUCAUCUUUAUUGGCUACGAUCUAGGAGCCCACGUAUGUGGUCACGUGGGUCGUUUUUUCGCUGAAACAAACAACAAAAAACUUCCAGAAAUAAUCGGUCUUGAUCCUUCAGCUUUGCUCUUCGAAGGUAGAAAUCCGGAGGAAAGACUAGAUGAAACAGAUGCUGAAAUUGUGAUGGUGGUUCAUUCAGAGACUUCUAUGGUUGGUGUCAAAGAAUGUGGAACCAUCGAUUUUUAUCCGAAUGGUGGUUCUGACCAGCCAGGAUGUAUGAAAUGGAAUUUGCUAUGCAACCAUCAACGUAGUUACCAGCUCUUCACUGCAGCUAUAUCAGAUCCCGAAAAGUUUCCAACGAUGGAAUGCAACAGUUCCAAUGAGUAUGAGGAAAAAGGGUGUGAAGAUAGUGAUGUAUAUUUCGGUAAUAUUAUGGAAAAGUCAAAGGGUAAAUAUUACUUCGCCACCACUGACAAAGAACCCUUUUACCAAAGAACGAAGAGUAGAAUUAAUCCAUUGAAUUGGUCAAUCAGAAACAUAUUGCAUAAUAAAUAAUGAAAUAAUUAA